GUGUAACCGGUAGUUUUUCGUUUGACACUACAUAAUUUAAUGUUGACAACUCAGUUAGAGUACAAAAAAAAACAAUUGUUCACAUAUGUCAAAGCUGUUCAGAAUUUAUUUGUGAUUUUAGACAUUCGUUGAAAAUUCGUCGUAGUAUUUUUUCUGGCAACAUAUAGCUAAAGAAUUUAGUUUCAAAAUUUUAAUUGUGAUAAAAACGUAAACGUUUUUAAAAAUGUUCCUUAACAAAUUGAAUACUACCGGUCGCCAAUUGGCCAAACCAGCGCUCCGUGCACAGGCUCGUGCUAUAUGCACAACAAUAGCAAAUCGGGAGAUCUUUCAAGUGCAGAGUGCCGAGGAUUUCGACCAAAAGGUCAAAAAAAGUGAUAAGCCAGUAAUUGUGGAUUUUUUCGCAACAUGGUGCAAUCCAUGUAAAAUGCUUACACCCCGCAUUGAAACUGUGGUCGGUGAGAAAGCCGGAGCCAUCAAAUUGGCCAAAGUAGACAUUGAUGAGCACAGCGAAUUGGCACUCGAUUACGACGUUGGCGCGGUACCAGUUUUGCUAGUAAUGAAGGAAGGCAAAGUAGUGAAUCGUAUGGUCGGCUUGCAGGAUACAGAUAAGAUACGUGCAUGGAUUGAUAAAGCUGUUGAGGGUGCCAAAUAAAUCAAAAAAGUAAAUACGGAAAAUCUAAGAUUUAAACUAUAAUCGAACAUCAACAAAAACGAUAUUUUUAUUAUAUUUAAUGCUUUAACUUUGUUAACAAAAAUAAUUAAGAUUUGUUUAUGGAAUAAAAAAAACAACUUAAUAUUUGAUGAAAAGUAAA